GCGCGCGGCGCGGCUGGGCGCUAAGAUGGCGGCGGCGUGAGUUGCAUGUUGUGUGAGGAUCCCGGGGCCGCCGCGUCGCUCGGCUCCCCGCCAUGGCCGUCACCAUCACGCUCAAGACUCUGCAGCAGCAGACCUUCAAGAUCCGCAUGGAGCCGGACGAGACGGUGAAGGUUCUGAAGGAGAAGAUAGAAGCUGAGAAGGGGCGCGAGGCCUUCCCUGUGGCCGGGCAGAAGCUUAUCUACGCGGGCAAGAUCCUGAGCGACGAUGUGCCCAUCCGCGACUACCACAUCGACGAGAAGAACUUCGUGGUCGUCAUGGUGACCAAGGCCAAAGCCAGCCCGAGCACCCCCGUCCCCCCCGAGGCCCCCCCCACAGCCACCCCCGAAGUCCCUGCCACGUCCCAGUCCCCACCUGCCACCUGCGAGGGCGAGGACCACAGCCCGGCCGAGGAGUCGGGUCCCGCCACCUCCCCGGAGUCCGUGACGGGCUCCGUUACCUCUUCAGGGAGCAGCGGGAGGGAGGAGGACGCGGCCUCCACGCUAGUGACGGGAUCGGAGUACGAGACCAUGUUGACGGAGAUCAUGUCCAUGGGGUACGAGCGUGAGCGGGUGGUGGCCGCCCUGCGCGCCAGCUACAACAACCCACACCGCGCGGUGGAGUACCUGCUCACGGGAAUCCCGGGAAGCCCUGAGCCUGAGCAGGGGCAAGAGAGGCAAUUGGCUGAGCAGUCGGCCACGGAAGCAGGAGAGAACCCCCUGGAGUUCCUGAGGGACCAGCCUCAGUUCCAGAAUAUGCGCCAAGUGAUCCGCCAGAACCCCGCACUGCUGCCCGCAUUGCUCCAGCAGCUGGGCCAGGAGAACCCGCAGCUGCUCCAGCAAAUCAGCCGCCACCAGGAGCAGUUCAUCCAGAUGCUCAACGAGGCUCCGGUGGAGCUGGGGGACGUGUCGGACGCUGAGGGUGAGGCGGGCGCCAUCGGGGAGGAGGCUUCCCACAUGAACUACAUCCAGGUCACCCCGCAGGAGAAGGAGGCCAUCGAGCGGCUGAAGGCGCUGGGCUUCCCCGAGAGCCUGGUGAUCCAGGCCUACUUCGCCUGCGAGAAGAACGAGAAUCUGGCCGCCAAUUUCCUCCUGAGUCAGAACUUGGACGACGAGUGAUGCUGGGGGGGUGGGGCGGGGCCCCCCCAGGCCGCCCCCCACCAGCCCUGGCCCCCUUCCUCCACCCCACCCCAGCCCCCAACGAACGCUGCAAAAGUUUUAUAAAAGAAAAAAAAAAGUAUAUAUAUAUUCAUGUUUAUUUAAGAAGCGGAGAAGAAAAAAAAAAUCAAAAACCUUAAAAAAAAGCCGCCAGCCCCCCAACUUCCCAGCCGCCCGAGGACCCCCCCUUCCUCGUUGGCCUGAGAAGACCCGGGCCAGACAUCUGUGGCCCCCUCCCCGCACCGCGAGCUGCCAGCCCUGCCGGCGACAGAUGGCCCCCCUUGGCCUCUGUCCCAGCUCCCGCGGCAGCCAGGCAGCCAGAUGGGAAGGCGAAAGGCGAAAGGCGGGCUGGCUCCCCCAGAGCCCCAGAAGCCCCCCAGGGUAGGGGGGUUGGGCAGCGCCCCCACUUGAGCGCUCACAGGAGCAGCCAGACCUGGCCCCCGCCCCCCGCCCGGUUCUCCAUUUGCUGGGCGAAGGGACAGGGAACCUGAGCGGAGUCCCCCCAACAACGGGGGAGAAAUGGGGGUGACACCCCAACCCUUCAGCCCAAACACACCCGGAGCGCCCCCUCCCCACCCUCUCCCCCCAAAAAGAAAACAACUGAAGGUUUGGAAGCGAAUAAAGUUUUUAAAAGCCGG